AUGCACCCGUCAUUCCACGUGUCUCUCCUUCGUCCAUACACCGAUCCCAACGCCACCUUCUCGGGCCGUGAUCGCACUCCACUGCCGGUAGCUGUUGACACCGACGAGCCCGACUACCAGAUCCAGCGCAUCCUCAAGCACCGUCGCCGUCUCCAGGGGGUCUCUUUCAUUGACUUCUUGGUUCAUUGGCGUGGUUACGAUGCAGCCGACGACAGCUGGGUUCCUUCGUCCUCGCCGUCUCCCGACAACGCUUGCCUUCAAGCCUACCUUCAGUCUGCAGGCGCCGCGGACGUCGCCUCAUUGGGAGGGGGUAGU